UGGUCUAUUGAUAAAAUUAAAGAAGAAAUGACAAAAUAUGGUAUAGAAGUUGAUAAUGAUAAUAGUCAUGUUGAAUUAAUAGCUCUUUUGCAGGAAGCAAUUGAUAAUGAAACAAAAAAAAAAAUUAUAGGUAUGAAAUUUACAUAUCAGGCAGAAUAUGUGUUUGUACAAGGAGAAGAGUAUAAAAAACGUAAAAAAAUAUUAGAUCAUAAUGAUGUUGUAGAAAAAAAUGAUGAUGUGAUCCA